AUGUCCACGUUGGAAGCCGCCAUCACCCUAGCGUUGGCAGGACAUCGCCACAUUGCCGUCACAUCGGAUGUCCCCUCUGAGUCUGUGGCUCAGAUUCAAUCAUGUGUACCCAAUUCCGAAGUCGUGGACGUAUCCACAACUCUACCGCCGCCGCAAUCAACUACAGUUACCAUAUGGACCCAGGUUCAACAAGCGGAUGAUACCACCCAGCGCCAGCUAUAUGAAUAUCUAAAGCAACCCUAUGAAUAUGGCAUUGUCAUCAUGGUGUUAGACGUGGCUUUGGUGGCUUCAGUCAAACUUUAUCCAUAUCUCAAGGAGCAUUUUUGGUUUAGCGUUUAUCCCCCGAAUGGGGACAAAUGCUCCCCAAUUGAUGCUUCGGAAGUGUCAAGAAUACGAAGUGCGGUUCCCGAAGUCUACGUUCUGCCAGAUAUCAAGCGAUAUAUCCAUUCACUUAUCAUUUUCACCCGUCAGCACCGAAUGGCGAGUUUGGCACCGAAAAGUGUGCGGUUGCCUACCACCGCUAUCGAUGGGGUCAGGGAUCUAGCAGUGACGAUACUGGCCUGGCGCCAUCAGAAGUUUGUCGCUCCUGACACCGUGAAAAUCGCUUACAAGAGAGUGGCUUAUUGGCUUGUGGACUGGGAGACUAACCGGCAAUUUGCAGUGGCUGAAUCUCGAAAUAAUGACGAAGAGUUGGAGAAGCGAUACAAACUAGCCAGUAUGGCUGGCGACUGGUAUGGCAGUGACUACGACGCCAUUCAAAGGUACAUCCAAAAGUACCGUCUGCGGCAUCAAUCAAAUUCGCCCACCGGGAGGAGUAACACAAUAGUGGAGGACGUUCUCGUCAAAGUAAGGCCACCAAUCUAA